AUGGUGCCAGUCCUCUUCCUCGCCUUCGCCUUCUUUGAUGCGGAACUUGAAGCCAUUCUGAUGAAGCUGCCUUCUGAGUCUGGCGUGGACGAUGAAUCGAUGUUAGGCAACGGCAAGGGCAAGCACCACGCGAAGGCUCAAUACAAAUCUGUCAGCAAGGACACAUACAUGUAUCUUGCUACUCUACCAACUUCUCUCGGUCAAUCCAUCCCAUUCUCAUGCACCUGCGAUAUACACGCAGACAUCCUCCAGUCGCUGACACCUUCGAUCCUCUUGAUGCGCACAUGGUACGCCGUCACUGAUUCUCAAGGUCAAGGUGGUGUAUCACUUCGCCCAGCCAAUGCAAUCCAGUACCUCCACGUCCUGCAAUCACACGUUCCUCGUCCUUCUUCAACGCGGGAACGAACCUUUCUCCACUCUAGUAUCAAUCUGAAAGAAGUCCGAAGAAACAGGCCGUCGAUAUCUCAUCUUGGGACUGCAGCGGUAGAGCGAAUAAGCGGUGCUUUGGGACGCUGGUCUGCGUCUAAGUUCCUGUACCAAUGCUUGGAACUCAGAGCGGAGCAGCUACGCAGCUCUGCUUCCCCAUACACUGAGACUGGACGAUCUCCCAUGAAUCACGCAAUCAUGUUCUGGGCUUGGAUUUCCUGUCCUCGAGUAUGGUUCGCAGCUUCUGAGUAUUGGCCCGCGUUGGCUGCGAAUGCAUCACAUAUGUGUCCUGCUGCGGGCUGUCAGACCUCUCAGCAUACCUGCCGGGGACGGCUACUGUCUGUACAUCUUCGCAUCCUCUCGCGCUCGUUCCAAGACGUUCUCCGCAGUUUUCACCAGUUCAUCUUGACUGAGCCUGGGGAGUCAAAACGCGUCAGCUGCUGUAAUGGGAAGACUGUCAGACGGUCUUCUGCUCACUUCUGCUCCUCAUCCGGCGGAUAUCUGGGGUCUGAGUACAACCCUUUGAAGAGCUCGACAGCUUGUUCGGCAUGCCAGCUACGAACGCGUCAGUCAGCACUGUACUCUGGAAGAGAGGCUCAUCUUACACAUAUUCAUCCGGACUCCUUGUGGAGGUCUCCAAUCAAGGGCUCCUUGACAAGUCGAUGGCUGAUGCUAUUUGCUUCAUCGAAUCUUUCUUCCUCAAAUGCUUCCCAUGCUUGGAGGAACAGGCGCUCAAAUUUCUGGCCCAAAGGAUUCAACGCUUCUGUAGGAAUGAUUGUCGAUGACAUUAUUUGCUUCGACAAGAUGUACUGGCGGGAGAGGCCGGCAGGCGAGCUGAGAAUCGAUAAUGGAGAUAUUGUAGUCGCACAACAUCAUUAUCACAUGUCGCUUGCGAUCGACGUCGACAUCGAACCCCUGCUUUUGAAGUCAGAUGUAAGGCGGCGCCACGUACGCACGCGACAUGUAACGCGCUUGAUAUACAGCCAUGCCAAGGAUGUGACUGUCAAACGUCAGUCGGUGUACUCCCCGAACAUGGAUCCUCGCCCAUUCGACGAUCUAUGCCUCGACAUAACGGCUACCACCAUCGGACUCAACGUUCGCAUGGCAACCGACCGCCUCAAAGCCAGGCCAGCAACUGAUGAGGAGAACCCGCAGAAUGACAUUUUGACAUUGGAGUCAAUGGUAAAACUGGAUCUUCAGGCACAAACUCUCAAAGAUCUUGCUGAGUCAGAAGAAGAAAGAGUGUCGACGACACCAUUCGCAGCCUGUCGCUGGUCACUAGAAGCCCAUCCUGCAGCUUCUUGCUCCUCCCGGGUCAUUCGCGUGAUCUGCGACACCACAACCUCUCCCACGCCCGCCUGUCCGCAUGCUCUCCAUUCCCUCCUCAGGACCGGAUCGCAGCGAGAACAGUAUUACAAUGUCCUCGUUCCUUGCUAUCCGGAGCGACCAUUCACAGUGCCGCGGGGCUGGCAGCAAGACAAGCAAGCAGUUGAGAAUGCCAAGACAUCGCAUUUUUUCGAGACUAUGCAUCCUUGA